UUGAGUCACAGUGGAUCCCACCUUUUUUUUUGUUGGCAAGACACCCAAAUUGGUUUGGCAGCGAUUAGCAAUUGGCUCACAAAUCUAAGUUUCCACACUUCAGCCCAAGAAAACAAAUCAACAACAAGCAAAACUACAACCAAACCCUUUAAAUAUGUUCAUUGACACUACAACCUGCCCUGGAUUCACCAUCCGUGUUCUCAACAAGUCAUUCAUUGCUGAGAAGCCAAGCCAUCGUGAUGAUAUCAUUUCUAUGGUGGCCACAAGCUUUGCCGAAGGAGAGCCCUUUUGCAAGUUUCUAGGUAUUACUGCAGAUUUGCUCAAGGAGCACUUGGUGGAAGCACUGGUGGACAAGUGCAUUGAAGACGAACUAUCCUUGGUCUGUAUGGAUAACGAAACUGGCCGCAUUGUAGCAGCCAUGCUGAAUGAAGACUUUUAUGAUACAAUGAACCCUGAUGAAGAAGCUAGUGAGGAUCUUGCAAGAGACCUUCCUGAAGCCAUUCCAAUUUUUGCCCUUCUGGAGCUCUUGGACACUCAACUAGUAGAAAAAAGAUUUGGCUGUGCUGCUGGAGUCAAGCAAAAUGAGGUUCUUCAUGCCUUCAUGGGAGCAACCUCCAAGCAGUAUUCUGGCAGAGGACUUGCCAGCCGUCUUCGCAAGCUGACUGCAGACUAUGCUCGAGAGAAGGGUUUUGCCUCUGUGGUUGUGGAGCCAACCAAUCCAGCAACCCAGCACAUUUGGACCAACAAAUUGGGUGGCACCGUGGAGUACGACAUAGCGGCCAAGGAUUUCAUGAUGCUCGAUGGGAGCAAGCCAUUUGCCAAUGACACUCGUUCUAUGGAACGGCAAUGCACCAUUGUUAUGUUGACUUUGUAAACAAUUAGUAGUUCCUACUACGCCUAACAUGUUAAAAUACUACUACCUACCU